AUGACGUCAUGCUGCGCAUGCGUCCGCGGCGCGUUCCACUGUUUCAUGAGGCCGUCGACGAGUGGCGAAUCGUCGAACGUCGACAAGAAACUUCUGACGUCAUCAAGCGCCGCGAUGACGUCAUCCGACGGCUUCUGUCGCCCGAAAACUCUACUCGACGGCAAAAUGCGGACUUUACACACCGCCGAAGUCGUUUGUGGGUUUUUUUUUCUUUGGAGUACUGUAGGUUUUUUUUUUUAGUUUUUUAUCGAUUUUUUUUGUUGUAGGCAAUUUUUUUGAUCUUCGAAUUGUUAAAAUUCACGAAGUGGCUUUAUUAUUAAGUGGAGAGCUUUUCGCAUAAUUGGAAAAGCCGCGUUGCCGCAAAAAACGGCUCAACGCGGUCAAAAAGAGUUUCCCUGAAGUGCGCCCGACCGAAAACUACUUGCGCGCGAUCGCACGAAAGUCGGUCGAGGUCGGGCGCAAAAGUUUGAUAACCGCUAGAUGUUAAGUUUAGCCGCGGUUCUAUGCGGUUUGGCAUGCUGGAAAAGUCGGUCGGUCGGUUUGGAAAACUAGGCCACGCCGCAAUUUUGCUCCAUGGAACACGAGAACGAUAGUGUUGAAUGAAAGAAUGAGCGAAAACCUUUUCAAAAUUGAAAAAGGAAGAAAAAUUUGGAAAAAAAAGUUAGAAAUUCAAAGCGUUCCGUGGAGCGAAGUUGCGGCGUGGCCUAGUUUUCCAAAUAGACCGACCGACUUUUCCAGCAUGCCAUGCGGUUCACUUUUAUUCUAAUAUUUUUAAAUUUUCUAAAUUCUCAAAUUAUUUAGUGACAUGGAACAUUUUUCGAACUCUAUUUUUGAAAUUAGCCAUUUUUAAGGCCUUGAAAAUGAUUUUUUUAUUCAACUUUAUUGAUUUCCUCAUACUAAUUUUUUUGGAUGAGAUAUAUCGGAUGAGAUAUAAAGCGUUUUUGAGCUUUUCCUUUUUCCCUAACAGGAACAAAGGAACCAUUCGAACUGAAUGAUUUAUGGAAUAUGCGAAAAAUAAUUCCUGGCCAAAUUGGCGUUGUUGUUCGUCACUUCUUGUCAAUUUCUUCAAGCAUUCUUUUGCAUCAAAAUUCGUUCCGCAAGACUUUUGUUAUUUCCCUUGUCUAGGUGUUGAAUUUCACAGAAAAACAAGCUUUUUGGAGUGAGAAAAUUGGGAAUCAUCAUAGUUUUUGAACUUUUGAAGGCAUUUUAGACUUACAGUUUGACAUCUCGAUACCAUUUUUUGAGUUCUUCGAGGAUUUUUGCUAAAAAUUAUCAGUGGAGCGCACUUUCGUUCUUUAUCGUAACCAUUCUGUGUUUUUUGUUGAAAUUUUCAGGAAAUUUAUCGAUAGAGCGCACUUUCCUUACUUUUUUCAUCGGCAUUUUUCCGUGGUUUUUUGAGGAUUUUAGAUAAAAUUAUCAGUGGAGCGCACUUUCCUUACUUUUUAAAUCGGCACUACUUUCCGUGGUUUUUUUGAGGUUUUUGCAAAAAUUGUCGAUGGAGCGCACUUUCCUUUCUUUUUUCAUCGGCAUUAUUUUCCGUGGUUUUUUUGAGGUUUUUGCAAAAAAUUAUCGAUGGAGCGCACUUUCCUUACUUUUUAAAUCGGCAUUCCGUGGUUUUUUGAGGAUUUUAGAUAAAAUUAUCAGUAAAGCGCACUUUCCUCUCUUUUUUCAUUGACACCUUUUGCAAAAAGUCCGUUCCUGGUGCGGAUCGAACGAAAGCCGGUGACCUUGUCCCCCUCGACAUGGCCCGUGAUCUAAUAACCGGACGAAAAAGAGCCGUCGAGGCGACUCCUUGAGCCGCGACGGCAACUCAUCGGCCGACGAGCCGAAAACUCAAUCAGUGCCGCCCUCCUCUCAUCACAUCGCUUUCUUCGGCUUUUCCUCCUUCUUCCUGCUUGUCGACCGAGCCGGCGGGCAUCACAAAUCGUCUCUCACUUCAUCACUUGCACUUGUUCUCUUCUUUUUUCGGGCCUGGUUGGGAUUUGAUCGGGCCAAUCAGCCGUUUUGA